AUGUCUUCACCUCUACUUUCGGAAUCAUACACUUUCGAUCCUCGACCAUAUUAUCCAUUAGUGUCGACUGUAAAACGGUUUUGGGAUCCAUCAUGGACUGCCGAUGGAUUAACUCUGGUGUUCACACACGGGACAGGGUUUCAUAAAGAGCAGUGGGAGCCUACCAUAGAUGACUUGCUGGAACUUAUCAGACAACCAAGUCCCAACAAGAUCAAAGUACGAGAGAUAUGGACGAUUGACGCGCCGAAUCAUGGAGACGCGGCGAUACUCAAUGAGAAGUCUCUGCAGCACGCAUAUGAGGCUGUGUUUCAGUGGCAGGAAUAUGCGCGCAGUAUACACGCCUUCCUUACUGGGAGGGGCCGGACUCUGUUCGGGAACCUCGACUUGGAUUCAGAGAACAGAGCCGUAAUGGAUAACUUUGACUUCAGCUCUCAUACUAUCGUCGGUAUCGGUCAUUCUAUGGGUGCUAUUUCACUCCUUCUCUCGCUGGACUUUGUUCCAUCCAUCGAAAGUCUUUUUGCUUCGAUGAUCUUCGUCGAACCCAUGACAAUGGAGCCUGUUUCGGGUUCCAAAGGGCCUGCGAAGAAGUUGGCAUCUGGGUCACAGUCAAGAAGAGAUAUAUGGCCUAGUGCGGAAGAGGCAUAUAAAAUGUUGAAGACACGUCGAACAUGGCAAUCAUGGGAUGAUAGGGUCUUGAAGCUCUUCGUGGAGACUGGCUUACGACCUCUCCCGACAUUGAACUAUCCCGAUGUCAAAGAUGGUGUGACACUCAAAUGUACGCGGGAUCAAGAAACGGCCACAUAUAGAGAUACCCAUGGCUGGGUAACCAUGUAUCGAGGCUUGCCGUCCUAUGCGUCUCGCGUACGAAUACAUAUCUACUACGGAAAAAUCCAUGAUUAUAUUGCCGGGGAAUUCAAAGAAGAUGUCAUCAACAACGCCGCUGGAGGACCGCAGAAUUUCGCAAGUGUUGGGUAUAUUGAUGGUGUGGGACAUACGGUAGGCUUUCGCUCAACUCACUUACCACUAUGA